AUGGUUCCCAUUGACAUUGUCUCUAGAGCCGUGCGGUACUCAGGAAGCCUCGGCGUGGAAGCCCAAACGCUGACGGUGUGGAAACAAGCCGACCGUUACGGGAUCCCGCGUCUCGGCUACCUCAACAAGAUGGACAAACGCGGUGCCGACAUCCGCAUGUGCCUCGAGUCCAUGGCGAAGAAGCUCCACUGCCUCCCCCUCUUGACCCAAGUGCCCAUCGGCGCCGAGAAGUCCUUCUCGGGUCUCGUGGACGUGGUCGAUCUUCAGGUGCACUCGUGGCAGUCGCCUCAGGGCUGGACCCGGACUCCCCUUGAUUCCGACGAGUCCAUCGCAGACAGUGCUGACAUCUGGGACGCCCGGGAGAAACUGGUGGAGUCGCUGACAGACGUCGAUGACGUCUUGGCCGAAAGGCUCAUCGAACUGGAGAACUCCCGAGCCUUAAGCAAUGAGGAGAUCAAGGCUGCCCUGAGGAGAGCCACCAUUUCCAUGGUCAGUGGUCCUGCUCACUCUUAUCACUGCUUCACUGCUUCGGCGAAGAGAACGAACUUAUUUUUCACGCUGCGAAUUCCGUUCAUUGUGCGCCUCUCAGUCCGCUAUUGGCGUCUCUCGUAUGAACUUCUUUUUUAA